AUGUCGAGAGUUGGGUGUUUCGUGAGCCUACUGUUGGUAACAUCAGCGGUGAUAGCGCGCCCCGAACCACCAGUGAGCUCCUACCUGCCACCAUCAGCAAAUGGAAACGGUAAUGCGCGCCCCGAACCACCAGUGAGCUCCUACCUGCCACCAUCUGCAAAUGGAAACGGUAAUGGCGGCGGUGGUGGCGCUGGACGUCCCUCAUCCACCUAUGGCGCACCUGGUUUUGGUGGUGGCAACGGUAAUGGCAAUGGAAAUGGAGGCAGCGGCAACCGUCCCUCAUCCACGUAUGGCGCGCCCGGUUUAGGCGGUAAUGGUAAUGGUGGUGGACGGCCCUCAAGCUCAUAUGGCGUGCCAGGCGCAGGUGAAAAUGGCAACGGCAACGGUAACGGUGGUGGGCGUCCGUCUUCAACAUACGGCGCGCCCGGUUUAGGUGGAAAUGGCAACGGAAACGGUAACGGCGGUGGACGUCCCUCAUCCACUUACGGCGCGCCCAGUUCCGGGGGCAAUGGUAACGGUAACGGCAAUGGCGGUGGACGGCCUUCUUCUACUUACGGCGCACCUGGUUUGGGAGGUAACGGCAAUGGCAACGGUAAUGGCGGUGGACGUCCAUCGAGUACAUAUGGCGCACCAGGCUUAAACGGUAAUGGAAUUGGUGGUGGCCAGAGGCCAUCCGACAGUUAUGGUCCGCCAGCUUCAGGUAACGGUAAUGGUUACACGAAUGGCAAUGGUAACGGAAACGGUAAUGGAGGUGGACGUCCGGGACAGGAAUACCUACCACCAGGCCUGGGUGGUCGCAAUGGUAACGGCAAUGGCAAUGGAAACGGGAAUGGCGGCGGACGCAGUAGCAAUGGUGGUGGCGAUAAUGGUUACGACUACUCGCAGGGUGGUGGAGGAGAUAGCGGAGAAAGUGGCGAACCGGCACAAUACGAAUUUAGUUACGAAGUUGAAGAUAUCCCGAGUGGUCUGUCCUUUGGACAUUCGGAAAUGCGUGAUGGCGACUACACAACUGGGCAGUACAAUGUGUUGUUGCCUGACGGAAGGAAGCAAAUCGUCGACUAUGAAGCCGAUCAGGGAGGCUAUCGACCACAAAUUCGUUAUGAAGGUGAAGCUAACGGUGGCGCUGGUGGUCUAGGUGGCGGCAGUAACGGCUAUGACUAUGAACAAAAUGGCAAUGGACUUGGUGGUGGUAAUGGUGGCUAUUCGAAUGGCCAAGAUCUUGGUGGCAAUGGCUACUCGAGCGGACGUCCUAAUGGCAAUGGAAAUGGCAACGGUCGUAAUGGUAAAGGACGCAAUGGCAAUGGCAAUGGUGGUGGGCAAGGACUCGGCCGCAAUGGUUACUCCGAUGGCCGUCCAAGUGGACAAGAUUUAGGUGACAACGGUUAUGCAAGCGGGCGACCGGGUGCCAAUGGUAAUGGCAAUGGUUACUCAAAUGGUAACGGCAAUGGCAAUGGUUACUCAAAUGGCAAUGGCAAUGGCAAUGGUUACUCAAAUGGCAAUGGAAAUGGCGGAGGCCAGUACAAUGGCAACGGCAAUGGCUAUUCAGAUGGUAGACCUGGUGGUCAAGACAAUCUCGAUGGACAAGGUUACUCUAGUGGACGACCGAAUGGCUUUGGACCUGGUGGUCAAAAUGGAGAAAAUGAUGGCAAUGGUUACCGAUAUUAG